CUCCACCUUUUGCCACCACAUAACAAGCAACCAUGCUCCUCGGCUGCACCGACUGCAUUUUCUCAGCUUCGAUGCUCAAUCCCAUCUCUCGCAGCUACGAUUCGUUGUCCUGGAGGGGGCCGAGUCAUAACUCACUGAACCGAGCAAGGAAAAAUCGGCGACUCUGCAUAACGAGUUUGAUCACCAACCCUGACUCGUUCGAAGUAGGCCGUCUCAUUGGCAGCUACGGCUUCAUGAAUGUCACAAGCUAUUCAGGUUUUCAAUCGGGUGCAGAAACUGAAUUUUCUUCUAGAGCUCUGGGGCAAUUGGGACUUCAGGAUGUCGGAGAAGGCAAUGUAAAAAUCAGACUUUAUGAAGGUAGAAUAGCACAAGGUUCACUUAGAGGAACUUCGAUUAUCUUUAAGGUUUUUCCUGGACGACGAGCUGGUGGAACUGAGGCUGAUAUGCUGGCCGCAAAUGAGCUAAGUGCUCAUGUUUUCCUUCAGAGCAGUUCAAAAGGUGUCUGUCAGAACCUUGUGCUACUUCUUGGUGGGUUUGAGACAAAAACUGGAGAGCAGUGGCUUGCUUUCCGUAAUGAUGGGAAGUACAGCGCAGCAGAUUAUGCAAAGGUUACCUGUGAAAACAUGACAAAAAGUCGUUCGCUCGGACAGAAUUAUUGGAAUCAUUUUGAUAAUGAGCAAGCAAUUAAACGCAGAAGCUUUUUUGUUAUGAAGCUAUUUCAGGGUGUGAUGAGUGGUCUGGCUUAUAUGCAUGACCAUGAAAGAUUACACCAGAGUCUUGGACCAUCAUCUGUUGUUCUCAAUACAAUGACUGAGAAAGAUGCUGCUUACUUAGUUCCACAACUUCGGGAUCUAGCCUUCUCAGCUGAUAUUAGGUAUUCAUAUUUAGAAGAAGGUCCUGCAACAUUGUCAGAGGGACUCUGGAGAAGGGCGUCCACUGCUGGUGCCUUCACUCCCAUGGAGAAAAGAGCAUUUGGAAUAGCUGAUGACAUAUAUGAAGCAGGUCUUCUUUUUGCGUAUUUCGCUUUUGUUCCAUUUUGUGAAGCAGGCGCUAUGGACAGCCUUUCUUUGCAAAGGCUCUUGGAGAGCACUUUCCGACUUGAUCUGGAAGCUACAAGAGAGUAUUGUCUAGCAGAUGACCGCUUACUCGAAGCUGUCAAGUUUCUUGAUCUUGGUGAUCAUGCUGGUUGGGAAUUACUUCAGCCACCAGUUAUUCUCAGUAUUUUAGUCAUUGUUGCCGAUGUCCUGCUGUACAACAUUGUUAUGAUUGGAUGCAGGCAAUGUUGAAUCCUGACUUUAGAAAGCGGCCAAUUGCUGAAACUAUUCUCAAGCAUCGAUUUGUGACUGGCGCCGUUCUUUAAGUCAUAGGCUUAAAACAACUUGUAUUGUGAAAAUAAAAAAUAAAAAAUCACUGUAAUCUAGUGUUCAAUCAAUUGAAAAGGAAAUUCUUUAAUGACACUUUUUUCAUCGAAAUAUUUGAAGUUGCACUAGAUUGGGAGGUUUUGCUCACCACAGACCAACCUCCAUUGAUGGAUGGUUUACAAUAGCAGGUAUUAUAUGUUGACAGGUAUGAGGAUUAUAUGUUCAUUUAAUCUCCUUCAAAAUAGGUGAUUUUGUGGUCUCUAUUUAAUCCACACAUAAUCUACCACAAGACUUCAUGAGGCCUAUUAGCUUUUACCUUUCUGUGGCCUCAAUAUUGUCUUCAUGCGUGAAUAGUGAAUUACAACUUUGAUAUUACAAAUCAUGGCUGCUUCUUCUCUC